AUGCGCGCUGCGCGGGCGCUGCUGGCAGCUACCGAAAAGCCUGCCGUUGCGAUUGUGGCAGAUGCCAAGCAGUUCUUAGACAUUUCGGAGAAGCAUGCCUACGAAAGCUUCCGCGCAGCCAGUGCAGCAAGCUUAUCCACUACGCUGGCCACGCGGACAAGCUCUGCUGGGACCCGUGCUAGCUCUACUACUGGGCUUAGCUGGUCCAGAGUGAAACUGCCUCCGUUGGAGCCUCCGCAGCCAAAUCAAGAAGUUCCCAGGAGGUCCAAGGCCAGCGGCAGCGACCGCCGGCGAAAACGCCGCCGUCGUGCAAAGGCUGCUGCCUCACAAGCGCCUGCUCCUUGUGCUGAGACACCCAGUCCCGACAGUCCCAAGGGUGUGAAGAAGGACAACGAUCCCAGACCGUCAUUAGAAACAGAAUCUGGCCUCGAGCGUGAUGCUGUGGUCAAAGGAGCCACUUACACCUGGGAACGAUGCGAGCAAGUGGGCCGUGGAUCCCUAGGCACUGUUUGGAGAGCCAAAGUGCAACCUGGAGAUCAGAUUGUGGCUGUGAAGGAGCUCCACCUAAACAGAGACUUGAAUGUCCCGACGGAAGCUGCCGCAGAGGUCGAGCUUCACAGGGGCCUAAGCCACCCCAACAUCAUCAAGCUCUUUGGAACCGAUUCUGUGAAGGCUAGCCUCUAUAUUUAUCUUGAGUAUAUGCCCGGAGGCUCCUUGCGUCAAUUUCUGAAGAAGAACGGGCCACUUACCGUGGCAACCACCCGUUCCUACACCUACCAGCUCGUUCGCGCGCUCAAGUACCUUCAUCGACAUUCCAUCAUGCAUCGGGACAUGAAGGCUGCCAACGUCCUCUUGACCCAGGACAGACAGUGCGUGAAGCUAGCGGACUUCGGGUGCUCAAAGAAGUCCGAGGUCUGCGCUAAGCAUACAUUCCGAGGAUCCAUCCUCUGGAUGGCGCCUGAGGUUAUUAACUGCUUCGAAUACGAUUUUUCGGUUGACAUCUGGGGAUUGGGCUGCACAGUGAUUGAGAUGGUCACGGCCCAGCCCCCCUGGGGCAAGUUUCCCUCAGAACUGGCUGCAAUGAUGCACAUUGCUAGCUGCGAAGAGACGCCACCCGUGCCAGCUGAUGCAGAUCCCCACCUGAGGGACUUUGUUGAAAAAUGUACCCGGUGCACUCCUAAGGAGCGCCCUUCUGCACGCAGGCUCAUGCGCCACGACUUCCUGAAUUUGCAGAGCUGUGACUUCUCCAGGGAACUUUCCUGA